AUGGCCAAUGAAAAGCCCAAGGAAGGAGUCAAGACUGAGAACAACGAUCAUAUUAAUUUGAAGGUGGAGGGGCAGGGGGGUUCUGUGGUGCAGUUGAAGAGUAAGAGGCAUAUGCCACUUAGUAAACUAAUGAAAGCCUACUGUGAACACAGGAAUUUUUCAUGGUUGGAAAUGGAGGAUGAAGAUACAAUUGAUGUGUUCUGGCAGCAGACAGGAGGUGUCUACUAAAAAGUGAACCUGCUACUUUACUCCAGAAUUCUGUUCCUCCAG